UAUGAACUUUUCAAAUGGAACAGACUCCCUGAUUUUUACCAGUGGGUGGCAGUAUUGUACCAAUGAGCUAGUUACCGACUGAAACACAAAACAGAAGAAGAUUGGUCACGUUGGGAAUCCAGCAUGGCAGGAAAACAGAAAAAAAAUCUAGAAGACCUCAGCUUGGAUGAGUUCCUGCUUUCUGGGUUUGACUCAUUGGAUGAAGAUGAAUCUGGAGAGAGACCUCAACAGAAUGGUCUACAGAAGAACAAGAAGGCAAAACAGUUAGACACUGCACCUCCUCAGACUAAUGAAACACAAACAGGCAAGGCGUCUCAGCACAAGGAGCAGCUGUCAAGGUUGAAAAGUAAAGAUCCAGAGUUUUACAAGUUUCUGCAAGAGAACGACCAAACCCUCCUAAACUUUGAUGACACAGACAGCUCUGACGAUGAGGAUGAGGAUAAAUACCACAAGUUACCGUCCAAACUGGAGGAGGCUAACUCUAGUGAUGAUGACAAUGAUGUAGGGACUCAAAAAGAAGUCAAAAAGAAGACAGAUGAUGGCAUCAAAGUCACUGAUAAAAUGAUUGAGGAAUGGAAAGCUGCUAUGAGGAAAGAACCCACUCAUAAACUCUUCAGAGAUGUGACUCAGGCCUUUAAGGCAGCAGUAGCUACCACCAAGGGUGAAGGAGAGAGUCAGUGUCGAUACAAAGUGGCAGACAGUUCAGUGUUCAACGCCUUGGUCCUGUUUUGUAUUAGAGAUAUUUAUGUUGCCCUGCAGAAGAUGCUCAACCUGAAGCAAGAAAAAACCCAGAAAAAGAUAGUGCUACCAUCAUCCAGUCCACGGUGGCAGAAGAAUCAGCUGGACAUCAAGAUGUAUCUUGAUGGACUAGUUCAGCUAAUGUCUAGUCUAACAGAGGCCUCGGUCAUCAGUGCUGUGCUGCGACACGCAAACCAGCUCGUGCCAUAUUACCUUUGUCUUCCUAAACAGUGUCGCCACCUACUCAAGCAAUUAAUGAAGCAGUGGAGCACAGGUGAGGAAACCAACCGGGUCCUCGCCUUCCUGGCCCUCAACAAAAUCUGCAGACACAAGAAGGAUAUGUAUCUUAACACCAUUCUCAAGCAAAUGUACAUUUCCUACGUACAAAAUUGCAAGUUCACCUCCCCAAAUGCACUGCCCAUGAUCAACUUCAUGCAGCGGACUCUAACAGAGAUGUACUCCCUGGACUCACAGGCCACUUACCAGCAAUCAUUUAUCUACAUCAGACAGUUGGCCAUUCACCUGAGAAACGCCAUGACCAUGAAGAAGAAGGAAACAUACCAGUCGGUGUAUAACUGGCAGUUCAUCCACUGUCUGUACCUGUGGUGUCGUGUCCUCAGUACACUGUAUCCCAGUGAGGUUCUGCAGCCUCUCAUCUACCCGCUCUGUCAGGUCAUCAUAGGCACCAUCAAGUUGGUCCCCACGUCACGGUACUACCCACUGAGGAUCCACUGUUGCAGAGCCCUAACUCUGCUGUCCAGCAGCACCAACACAUUUGUGCCUGUGCUGCCUUUUCUCGUGGAGAUCUUUCAACAGGUGGAUUUCAACAAGAAGCCAGGGAGAAUGAGCAAGAAACCUAUCAACUUUGCAGUCAUCCUAAAGCUGAGCAAAGUCAACCUGAUGGAGAAGGCCUUCAAGGAAGGACUGAUUGACCAGCUGUAUGAUGUGAUGCUGGAAUACUUCCACACUCAGGCUUCCACCAUUGGCUUCCCAGAACUCGCCCUGCCCACCAUUAUUCAGCUGAAAGCCUUCCUGAAGGAAUGCAAAGUGGCCAAUUACUGCAAGCCCGUACGCCAGCUGCUGGAGAAGGUACAGGAGAACAGCAACCACAUCACAGUACGGAGACAGAAGGCCGCCUUCGGAGUGGCCGAUGCAACCGCUGUGGUGGCCUGGGAGAAGCAGGUCCAGGAGGAGGGGACGCCUCUCAGCAAGUACUACACCCAGUGGAAGAAGCUGAGAGAAAAGGAGAUUCAGCUGGAGAUCUCUGGGAAAGAAAGGAUGGAGGAUCUGGACCUCCCUGAGAUUAAACGGAAAAAGAUUGAGGAGAAAAAAGCAGAGGACAAGAAAGAGUUCAAGGGCCUGUUUCAGUCUGACAGUGAUGACGACGAUGAAGAUGACACUGGAGGGUUUAAAAUUAGAGGUAAAAAGAAUGGUCAUGGGACAGACGACGACGACGAUGAUGAUGACGAUGAUGCUGAUCUGUCUGACUUGAGCGAUGAUGAGGAAGCAGAGGAAGACUCAGAUGAUGAUGAUGAUGCAGCGUCCAGAGGUCCUCAGCCAAUGUCGUCGUCCGCUCUGAUAAAGCUGGCGGAGGGAGAUGAAGAUGUAGUGGAGGACCUGGAGCUCUCUGAUGACGACUGAGGUCCAACGUUCCACCAAAGGUCUCCUGAGAACCUCAGAUUACUGGGUUUCAUUUCUAUUCAGCUCUUUGCUUUUUAGUGACUUCUAUUGUACAGCUCAAAUAUGUUUGUGAUAUAAUUUUCUUAAACGGUAAAAUUAUAUUCUGAAAAAAUCUGAA